AUGUCUUUCGUACCUCUGUUUCAAAAUACGAUUCCGUACCACCGGAGCCGAGUCCAGCACAGGACAACAGCAUUCGGCGACCGAGCCGUUUGUUCUGAGCCGGCCGAUUUCGGAGCUCUGGGUACCACACAAAAGAUCCGUAAGGACACAAACAUUGCCGCGCUGGUUUCGAUCUCGGUCAACCCCACCCAUUUGGCCUCGAUUGCUCGCCCCGGGGCGGUGUCUGAUUCGUGGGGACGCAGUGAUGGCUUCUGUUUGAAGCAAUUCAUCUACCAAUUUUGCGGGGACAACUGGGCUAUUCCGAGGGAUGAUCUAUCAGUCCAGUCACCGAGGUCGGAAAAGUCAGCCAGGUGCAAUGUGGUAGACGUUUCCGCCGGGUGGAUUCUUCGCAAUGCCGUCGGUCAACGUCCUUUCUUUGCCGAGUUUUUCGGGCAGCUAGCUCUGAAAAACUUGGAUUUCCCAUUCAUUUUGGCAAUGGCAGUGCUGUGUGGUCGCCAAGUCACGGUCUUUUCUCAGAUUCAUCCCCGCAUGGUCGAACGGAGAAAGCCAAGCCAGUCUGAGAAGCCGGAGCCGAGCAGCGACGGCCGGCCCGAAACCCCGGACUUGGCACCGACAACUUCCAAUGCGGAGAAGAGUGGCAGUAUUGUGCCGGCCGUGGACGUGAACGAUGCUAGUCUAAGCCGCCAAGACACCGAGGCUGUUUACAACAGGUUCACGCCAGCCAAGAAGAGGCUCGUAACAGCCGUUGUAGCAUGCGGCGGGAUUGCGUCGACGGUCUCUUCCUUGUUGCUUCUAGCUGCCAUCCCCGAAAUCGCUGCCGAUCUCAACACAACUGGAACUACCAUCAACGUCAGCAACGCCAUCUAUGUUCUAUUCAUGGGCAUAUGCACCCUCUUCUGGGGCCCUAUCAGUCAAGUUUACGGUAGAAAAUGGCCCUGCAUUGUCUCAGCAUGUACCUUCUUUGCCUUCAAUGUAGGAACGGCCUUGUCGCCAAACCUUGCAGCCUUCUUCGUCUUCCGUAUGUUUUCGGCGUUCACGGGAACAGCAUAUUUGGUGCUCGGCUCCAGUUGCAUCGGCGACAUCUACAAGCCCACGGAACGAGGCACCGCGCUUGCAUUUUUCCUCAAUGGCACUCUCAUCGGUCAGAGCUUUGGCCCAUUUAUCGGUGGCGUUAUGGUGAACUUCCAUAGCUGGAGAUCAUUGUUUUGGUUCCAGUCUGCUCUCGCCGGGCUCACGGCAAUCCUUGCGGUGGCAUUCCUCCCAGAAACCAGCCACCGACUGCGCUCAGACGAGUUGAAGGGAUUGAGCACUAAGGCAAAGGUAGCUCAGGUCUGGGACUGGGCAAACCCGUUCCGUGUACUGGCUCUCUUGCUGAUACCUAAACUCUUCGUGGCUGGAAUGGCUGCCUCGGCCUUAGUGUGGAACAUGCAAGCAUUGCUCACCCCUAUCCGAUACGUCAUUAACCCUAGGUUUCACUUGACGUCGCCUCUCGAAUCAGGGCUCUUCUUCCUCGCACCAGGGUGUGGCUUCUUCUUUGGCACGUAUGCCGGAGGACGCUGGGCCGACCGAACUGUCAAGCAAUGGAUCAAGAUCAGGGGUCGUAGAGUCCCCGAGGACCGUCUGAGGAGCUCAUUCGUGGCAAUGGGAGCUGUGAUCCCUAUCUGCAUCAUUAUUUACGGCUGGUCCAUUGAGAAGGCGGUCGGCGGGAUCCCACUUCCGGUGAUCUGCAUGUUUAUCCAGGGCUUCGCCCAGGUAAUCGCAUUUCCCAGCAUCAACACGUAUUGCUUGGAUGUGUUCAAAGGCCGGAGCGCCGAAGUCAUAGCGGGAAACUACUUCUUCCGAUACGCUAUCGCAGCUGUCGGUACUGCUUCAUGUUUGCCUGCAAUUCAAAGCAUUGGCGUCGGCUGGUUCAGUACAAUCACUGCCUUAUUUGUGUUCUUCGCCGCGGUUGCUGUAUACUGCGUCGUCAUAAUUGCCUCAAAGGAAGAUGCCAAAGUCAAUGAAGCGGUCUGA